UAUAUCAGUGCUAUGAACAGAAGGUUGGCAGAGAAAGGUUGUGAUCACACUGGUCAUAGUGGUGCUGCCACUUGAGUAAAUAAGGCACGCAAUACAAAACCAAGUGGUUACCAACCACAUUAAUAUGUCCAAAUACAAGUUACAACUACGUCCCUUUCUCCAUUCUUCCAAUUUUUUUUUCCCUUUUAGUUGAGUUCAUGUUGCAACCUGUUGUAUGAAUUUGGUAUGGUUGAAAAGUAGGAAGCUAGGAUCCUGAACAGCUGAAGACAUCGUGUGUCAAUAGUACAAGACUUGUACUUACUGGGAAUGCAGCCAUGCCAAACCAUAUACACUGUAUGCACCAGAUUCAAAGCAAAAGACUUAAAAGUCCGAUUAUCAGUUCCCAAAACUGUAACCUAUCUCAGAGUCUGAUUUCUCUGUAUUUUUGCAUGAACGAAGAAGAAGCUCAUUGCUGAAGAGGAAUUGAAAAGAAUGCGGUGUUCAAGGUUUUUCUUGGCUUCUUUUCUUCUUGCUGUGGUCUUCAGUGUGACUAAUGGACAGCCUCUGGUCCCUGCAUUGUUCAUAUUUGGAGACUCAGUUGUUGAUGUGGGAAAUAAUAACUACCAAUUGACUGUUGUUAAAGCAAACUUCCCUCCUUAUGGAAGAGACUUUGAGAACCACAAUCCAACAGGAAGGUUCUGCAAUGGAAAGCUUGCCACAGACUUCACUGCUGAAACCAUUGGAUUUACCACUUAUCCACCAGCUUACCUCAACUUAAAGACCAAAGGGAAAAACCUCUUGAAUGGUGCCAACUUUGCCUCAGCUGCUUCUGGUUACUAUGAUUCCACAUCAAAACUAUAUAAUGCAAUUCCUUUGGGCCGGCAGCUUGAAUACUACAAGGAGUGUCAGAACAGAUUGGUGGAAGCAGCAGGGCAAUCAAGGGCUUCAUCAAUUAUAUCUGAUGCUAUAUAUCUUAUUAGUGCUGGUAGCAGUGAUUUUGUUCAGAACUAUUACAUAAAUCCGCUGCUUAACCUGGUGUAUUCAACUGAACAAUUCACAGACAUGCUCAUGACAAGCUAUUCCAACUUCAUCCAGGGUUUAUAUGCACUGGGAGCAAGGAGGAUUGGUGUGACAUCAUUACCUCCAAUAGGUUGCUUGCCUGCAUCCAUCACCCUCUUUGGUGCUCGUAAGAACGAAUGUCUGACUGGUUUAAACAGUGAUGCAAUUAACUUCAAUGAAAAGCUCAACACCACAUCUCAGAACUUGCAAAAUAUGCUUCCAGGCCUCAAUUUGGUGGUCCUUGAUAUCUACCAGCCUCUCUAUGACUUGGUCACAAUGCCUUUUGAAAAUGGAUUUUUUGAAGCAAGGAAGGCUUGUUGUGGAACAGGGUUGAUAGAGACAUCUAUAUUGUGCAAUAAGAAGUCCAUAGGAACAUGUGCCAAUGCAUCUGGGUAUGUAUUUUGGGAUGGUUUUCAUCCCACAGAGGCUGCAAACAAGUUUUUGGCGGAUCAGUUGAUUGCUGCUGGCAUCUCUCUUAUAUCCUAAUCAAACACUUUUAAGGGUCACACUUUGGAUUUCCUACAUUUGUGGUUGCUGCUGUAGUAUGAAGAUGGCUUAUGCAAAAGACUAAAGGAGAUUCUAUAUGUUAAAUUGCAUAUAUCAAUAGGUGCAUUUAUGUUCCUUGUUAUUGAACUGAGACUAAUGUAAUGUCGUCUAAGCUUGACGCGUAACCUGUAUUUUAUGUGCUCAACAGCUUAAACUAUUCAUGUGCUGGUGCUUGGUACACAACAUAAUAAAACACCCUGUUUAGAAAUUU